GACAUGUUGUUUUUUUAUAAACAAGACCAUGAUUAUUAUAGGUCGACGACCAGUGUAUAUAUGUCUGCCAUCUCUGCUCUCAGCUCCCAAGAGCCAACUUCUCUGUGAGAACAAGAAAAAUAGCCUUCCAAGCUCCAGCCACUUCAAUCCUUCCUCGGCAAGGUGAACCGCAGAUGGAGGCGGCCGUCGGCGCGGCGAGCUCGCUCCUCGGCAAGGUGCUCACGAAGCUGUCCGAGGGCCUGGUGGCCGCGUAUGUCGACAGCCUCGACCUCGGCCACAACUCCGAGCAGAUCCAAACCAAGCUGAUGCACACACAAGGGCUGCUGCAACUGGCCGAGGGGAGGGACGCGAGCAACGUCACUGCCCUGCCGGCCUUGUUGGAGAAGCUGAGCAACAAGGCCGACGAGGCGGAGGACUUGCUGGAUGAGCUCCACUACUUCAAGAUCCAGGACCAGCUCGACGGUACCAACUAUGCCGCGCCGGAUCUCGGCGAUGGCCUCCGCGGCCAUGCUCGCCAUGCUCGCCAUGCUGCUCGCCACACCGUCGGUAACUGGUUUCCAUGCUUUUCUUGCUCGCGCGCGCAAGAUGAUGAUUCUGCUGCUCCUGCUGCUGUUUCCAAUAGCCCACACCCACACCACUAUGCAACCAACUCUGCCACUGCUAGUGCCGAUGAUGGUGGCCAUGUCGAUAAGUUACAUUUCGACAGAGUCACCAUGUCCAUCAAAAUAAAGUCAGUGAUAGAGGAAAUACACUCCCUAUGUGAUCCUGUCUCUGACUUGCUCAGUAAAAUCCCAAGCAGCAGCACACCUGUCACCCAAAAGCGGCCUCAGAUAGGGUCCACAAUUAUACAAGAUACACUGCACGGGAGGACAGACAUUUUUGAGAAAAUUGUUGAUGAUAUCACAAGUGGCACACAUCACGGUCAAACUGUUUCUGUUCUUCCAAUAGUUGGCCCAGGGGGUAUUGGAAAGACAACUUUCACCCAACACCUGUAUAAUGAUAGUAGGACCCAAGAGCACUUUGCUGUUAUGGUUUGGGUGUGUGUAUCGACUGAUUUUGAUGUGUUGAAGCUCACCCAGCAGAUCCAUAACUGCAUACCUGAAAAUGAAACUGCAAGUGAAACAACCAAUCUAGACCAGCUUCAGAAAUCCAUUGCACAGAGACUUAAGUCCAAAAGGUUCUUAAUUGUCUUGGAUGAUAUAUGGAAAUGCAAUAGUGAGGACGAGUGGAAAACCCUGCUAGCCCCAUUCACAAAGGGGGAAGCAAAAGGCAGCAUGGUACUUGUCACAACUCGAUUCCCAAAACUAGCAGGAAUGAUGAAAACAAUUAAUCCAGUAGAGCUGCAAGGCUUGGAGUCUAAUGACUUUUUCACAUUCUUUGAAUCAUGCAUAUUUGGUGAACAUAAGCCUAGGGAUUAUGAAGAUGAGUUAGGUGGUAUUGCAAGAGAUAUUGCAAGAAAGUUAAAAGGCUCGCCACUAGCAGCAAAGACAGUUGGUCGACUAUUGAAGAAAAACCUUUCCCGGGAACAUUGGAAUGGAGUUCUUCACAAUCAUGAGUGGGAAAACCAGAAAAAUGAUGAUGACAUUAUACCAUCUUUGAAAAUUAGCUACCAUUACCUUCCUUUCCAUCUGAAAAAAUGCUUCUCAUACUGUACCCUUUAUCCUGAAGAUUAUAGGUUUAGCGAUUCAGAAAUUAAUCGUUUUUGGAUUGCAAUAGGCAUCAUAGACUCGAGCCGCCCAGGUGAUAAGAGUUACAUGGAAGAUCUGGUGGGAAAUGGUUUUCUCAUGAAGGAGGUUUCCAAAUAUCAUCCUUUUCGUGAAUACUAUGUAAUGCAUGAUUUAAUGCAUGAGCUAUCUCGGAGUGUUUCUGCACAAGAAUGCCUCAAUAUAAGUGAUCUGGAUUUUAGAGCUGAGGCCAUCCCACAAUCUAUUCGGCACAUAUCCAUCACCAUAGAGAAUAGAUAUGAUGAAAAAUUUAGGGAAGAAAUGGGUAAACUAAAGGGAAGGAUAGACAUUGUAAAUCUACGGACAUUGAUGAUUUUUAGAGAAUAUGAAGAAGGAAUCAUUGAGAUCUUAAAAGAUACAUUUAUGGAAACAAAAGGCUUGCGUGUCCUAUUUAUAGCAGUGAAGUCCCUUGAAUCUCUACCACAAAGGUUUUCAAAACUUAUCCAUCUCCAGUACCUCCAAAUUGGAUCACCCUAUCGCACAAAAAUGACUUUACCUAGCACACUAUCCAGAUUUUAUCACUUGAAAUUCUUGGACCUAAUUAGUUGGCAUGGUAGUUCUAACUUGCCUAAAGACAUUGGUCGUCUUGUGAAUUUACGCGAUUUCUUCGCUAGAAAAGAACUCCACUCCAAUGUUCCUGAGGCUGGAAAGAUGAAGUAUCUGCGGGAGCUAAAAGAAUUCCAUGUGAAGAAAGAAAGUGUUGGAUUUGAUUUAAGAGAGUUGGGGGAAUUGAGAGAGCUUGGGGGAGCACUCAGUAUACAUAAUCUUGAAAAUGUGGCAACCAAGGAAGAAGCUAGUAGCGCCAAAUUGGUGUUGAAAAGUUAUUUGAAAGAGUUGACAUUUGUUUGGGGCAGAGAGCAUCCGACUGAUACAGAUGCUGAUAUUCUUGAUGCUCUUCAACCACACUCUAACCUUACAGCACUUGGCAUUAUAAAUCAUGGUGGUACCACCUGUCCUAGUUGGUUGUGUCCUGACACACGGGUGAACAAUUUAGAGACUCUCCAUUUACAUGGUGUGUCUUGGGGAAUCCUUCCACCUUUUGGGCAGCUACCAUAUCUCAGGGAACUCAGCUUGAAGAGCAUUUCUGGACUGCGUCAGUUUGGUCCUGACUAUGGUGGUGUUAGAGGCAAAUGUCUUGUGCGGUUGAAGAAAGUUUUGUUUCAUGACUUGUCUGAUCUUGUCCAGUGGGUUGUGGAACCUAAUUGCCCUAUGUUUUCUAGUCUUGAAGGCAUCGAUUGCAGAAAUUGUCCCAGUCUAUGCGUAAUGCCCUUCUCAGAGUGGUCUUGUACCAAUUUGUGCGGGCUUCUCAUUGAUGGUUGCCCCAAGUUGUGUCUGCCCCCCAUGCCUCACACCUCCACCCUAACAGAUUUUUCUAUUGAAAAUGGCCCGGAAAUGUUUUCUUACCAUCAAAAUGCAUUUGUAAUGGUUGUUGGCAAGUCCUUUCCGAAAAGAAUGGUUGUUAGCAAGUAUGCCGGUGCUUUGGCCUUCCACAAUCUGGGUGAAGUAGAGGAUAUGAGUAUUGAAGAUGUAUCACACAUUUCGUGGACAGACCUCGAAAAGCUCAAAUCCUUGAGAAAACUAGUUGUCGGAAGGUGCAACAGCAUGUUGUGCGGAGAACUGGAUGGCAGUGUUGUCUUCCACAACAUGGAUAAAGUUGAGAGUCUCUGUGUAAAUGUGUCUCAUCUUACCGGGAAAUUGCUGUCAAAAGUGUUCAAUAGUUGCCCAGCCCUUGCUGAAUUGGAGAUAAAUUCUCGAGAUGAAUACCAGGAGGAAAGAGUAAUACAGUUUCCAUCGUCCAGCUCACUGCAAGCACUUAACUUCAGCUUCUUGAAGGGCCUGGUUCUUCUGCCUGCGGAGGAUGCAGGGGGACUCCAGGACACCACGUCGCUCCAGUCAUUAAAUAUAAGUGGUUGCUAUAGGUUGUUCUCUCGGUGGCCCAUGGGAGAAGCAGGAGGAGCUCCGAUGGCCAACCCUUUCCCUGCUUCCCUCAGAAAGCUUGAUAUUUCGGGAGAGUCAGGCAUGCGGUCAAUGGCUCUGCUCUCAAACCUCACGUCUCUCACCCAUCUAAGUCUAAUAGGCUGCAAGGAUUUAACUGCGGAUGGGUUCAAUCCUCUCAUCACAGUCAACCUCAAGGAAUUGGAGGUACGGAACCUGAGCGGCAACUCUGUGGCAGUGGAUCUGCUGUCAGAGGUGGCAAGGACCAAAACAAUGCAAGAGGGUUCCUUCCAGUUGGAGAAACUGGACGUCGAUAGCAUCUCGGCGGUGCUUGUUGCUCCCAUUUGCAGCCGCCUCUCCGCCACCCUCCAUACGUUAGAAUUCUAUGAUGAUAUGCGGGCAAAAGGCUUCACGGAAGAGCAAGCGAAUGCACUCCAGCUCCUCACCUCCCUCCGGAUACUAGGAUUUAAUCGUUGCAUGGUUCUGCAGUGCCUCCCUCAAGGAUUACGUCACCUUUCGUCUCUCGAAACAUUAAAGGUCAGUAGUUGUCCUCAACUCCGAUUACUGCCAGAGGAGGGCUUCCCCACUUCGCUGAGGAAUCUAAGUCUAGGGAAUGUCAGCGCGGAUCAAAAAGAGCAAGCUGAGGAAUUGAAAGGAACAUACCCAAAUUUAAUAGUACUUUCUUAAUCAGCCCAAGGCCUAGGGCGUGAGUACCAUCUCCGCUGUACACCAAUCUUCCACAGAGAACUAAGGCUGCCUGGGUCUGGCCCAGUUCGCCUAGGGCCUGGCCCAUUCCUGGGCGUGAGUAUCAUAUGUACAUAGCUUCGCAAAUCUCAUGGGCUGCCGGGCACCAUUGCUCUGCAUAUGCACGCCAAUCUGCCAGAGGCGUGGUAGCUUUUGUUCCACGCAUACUUUUGAAAUGGUGUAUUACAGCGUUCAUGUGCUGCAGCUGCAUGGUAAAUACUAAAUAUAAAGACUAAGGCGACAACUGAUGGACCUAUAGAUGAAUAUGUCCAUUUUUUAACACAAUCUCAUCAGGACAGGAAGCAGGCUUGUGAAUAAUUGGACCUUUUUUUUUAAUAAAUCAGAUCGAUGCUGCAAAUUUGCCUCUAGUCUUGUUAUUAUGGAAUUACAUCCAGUGUGCUUGCCAAUUUGGAUUGAAAAGUACCUACAAAAAGAAGAAAACUCACCCUUUUUCUGUCUUUCAAGUAAGCGACAAUACAAACUAAAGGUGUAGGAUCCGGCUUAUUUAUCCGAUUCCUGUGAAGGAUCAACUGUAUGAACAUUCUGAAGCUGCUGAUACUUUGCCAUGAUAAUUCACAACAAUCAAUGGUACAUAUAUCUAGUAUUUCUUUAUUCACAAAUAUAGCCACCCUUUAGUUCUUAUGCAACUUCCCUUUUUGUACGGAAUGAUACAGAAAUUUGAAGAUGCUCCUAAACUAUUUUGUGCUGUUGUAGAGAAGUUUUAAGACACUCCUAAACUAUUCUGGACUGUUCAGUCCUUUUGAUCCGACAGUUUAGAUUAAACAUGGUGACUAGGAGGUAAUAGGUCGCCCAUAACUCUUAUUGUUGGUUUAGUGCAACAAUGUUUGUUUAGCCUUUUCUGAACUGCUUAAUGCUAAAACACAUUUCAUACGGUAUCAGUGUUUUGUGAUUCUUGGUUCAUGGACUUAAUCAAUGUGUCCUACCAGUACCAUCAGGUUUAUGUUCCGGCAAAGUACUGAUCCUGUGGUAACCAACUGCCAUCUGGUAGGGAUUGCAUAUAAUUUUCACGGGUAUCCUUCACAGUUUUAGAACAAUUACAACCAACAGUGAAUCUCGCCGUUGGCAUUCAGGACAUAGCUCUUCUAUCCAAACAAUAACAGUAAAUGAAACAUUUGCCCUAACAUUUUAAGUGAGCCGGGCCAGUGAAUUCUGCAGUGACCAUUUAAAAGAUCCUAGGUUCAAAUCAGCCUCUUUGCACAGAAACAAAAAGAGUUAAGGAAAAGGCUGUUCAGAAAUUCCCUUCCUCAUACCCUACAUUGUGUGGGAGCUUUCAGCAUUGGGUACGCCCUUACUAAAGCUCAAAAGUGACAACGUGUCGUGCAUCAGAAGUGGUGUUCCUCUAAAUUUUCUCCAUGUUUACGAACCCAUACCCCAAGCGUGUUUUGAAGUUCAGCUUCCGGGCGAAAGUGUCGCACCUAGAUGAGAUCAGAUGGAAACCGCCAAUGGUUGCUACUCUCUGUCGAGCACUCACUUCAUUCAGUUUGUUGGUAGAAUUAAGCUCUGUCUUCCUUGAGCUGAUCUGGCAUGCCACCACAAAUGUUGCAUGAUUUAAGCUCUCAAGUCAAAACCUAAGAAAGUUCCAUGCAAGCGGUCCGGGAAUUAAUUACUGCAAAGACUCCACAAGUUUGCUCCAUCCAGGGCUUGUGUCUCACAGAUUAAUCCUUUGUUUUUUUCGUUGUCCUCAAGCCUAACUAAUAUGUAUCUCUAGUAUAAGUAUCCCCACAUGUUCCUUCUGAAGAUGAAUGAGAAUUCUGAAUUUGAGUUUGUA